UCUCUGAACGUAUCCGCAGCCCCCUAUUUCCGUGAAUGUCUAUCGGCAUCCGACCUCGACGACCUCAACAUUGAAAUCAUCCGAAACACGCUCUACAAAGCCUACCUCGAAGACUUUGACAAGUUUUGCGAGUCCAUCGGAGGGCCAACCUACGAAGUCAUGCACAAGAUCUUGGCCUUUGAAGCUGACCGUCGCACCAUCAACAUCACCAUCAACUCAUUCGGCACCGAGCUCUCCAAAGAGCAACGCGCCCGUCUUUUCCCUACCAUCGGCAACUUGUACCCCGCUGGUAACAAUGCAUUGGCCAAGGCGGAUGACGUCGAACAGGUCCGAGGGGUGUGCGAAUACAUUGCCGAGUACAGACACUUUUUCGAUGCGGCCGCUUCAUCGGGGAAUAGAGGUGGUACGAAUGGACAUGCGACGGAUGAGGAUCCGACGACCGCUAUUGCCGCCACGCUCGAAGACAGGUUCUUCGCGACAGAGGUUCACUUGAACAAGAUUGCGUUCUUGCAGCAGUUCCAAUAUGCCGUUUUCUUUAGUUAUUUCAAGUUGAAGGAGCAGGAGAUUAGGAGUUUGACCUGGAUCGCAGAGUGCAUUGCCCAGGACGCAAGAGAUAGGAUUCAGGACUUCAUCACUAUUUUCUGA